AGCGCGACGCGGCAGCGCAGCGAGUUUGCGCAGUGCGGCGGCUUCGCGCCUGCGCACUGGGGUCUGUCGGCUGGACCGGGCCUUGCGCGGCGGUGCUGCGGGACAGGCCGAGUUCCGCGUGGGCAGAGGAGGUGCGGGUGCAGGUCUUCAAGAAAUCUAACAGAAAUGGCUUCAAAAAGAGCUCUGGUCAUACUGGCCAAAGGAGCAGAGGAGAUGGAGACCGUUAUUCCUGUGGAUGUCAUGAGGCGAGCUGGGAUUAAAGUCACCGUCGCAGGAUUGGCUGGGAAAGACCCUGUGCAGUGCAGCCGUGAUGUGGUCAUUUGUCCUGAUGCCAGUCUUGAAGAUGCAAAAAAGCAGGGACCAUAUGAUGUGGUGGUUCUGCCUGGAGGAAAUCUGGGGGCACAGAAUUUAUCUGAGUCUGGUCUGGUGAAGGAGAUCCUGAAGGAGCAGGAGAGCAGGAAGGGCCUCAUCGCCGCCAUCUGUGCAGGUCCUACAGCCCUGUUGGCUCAUGAAAUAGGUUUUGGAAGCAAAGUUACAACACACCCGCUUGCUAAGGACAGAAUGAUGAAUGGGAGUCACUACAGCUACUCAGAGAGCCGUGUGGAGAGGGACGGCCUGAUCCUCACCAGCCGUGGGCCCGGAACCAGCUUCGAGUUUGCGUUGGCCAUCGUGGAAGCGCUUAAUGGCAAGGAGGUGGCUGAGCAGGUGAAGGCGCCACUCGUCCUCAAAGACUAGAGCCCGAGCCUUGGCCCCAAUCGAGGCCAGGCCUCAGCAUGUGGCCCGCCGGUGUGUCUAGGAGCUGCUGACCCUCAGGAAGUAGUGCAGUGAAGUAGCCACCACAGGGCUGUACCUGAAGACGGUCUGUACAUUUCUGAGCCUUGUUUGCAGAAUAAAGAGUGUUUAGCAAGCUCCUA